AUGUGGGAGGACAGCGACUGGGUCUACGCCUCCUAUGUCGACGCCUCUGGCGACUUGCGAACCGUCCGCGGCAAAUUCCUCGUUGGUGCCGAUGGAAAGACUGGCUUUACGCGGAAGCAGUAUUUAGAGCCGCGGGGUGUUACCCUGGAAAGAGAAGCCAGCGCACCCUACGACAAGGUAUGGGUCGCGUUGAACUGGAGAAUCUCCUUUCCCACGCCGGAAACGCAUCCAGAGUUUCCGCUUUGGGACAAGGGCUUCACGCCGGAGCAAGUCUACGACGAGUUCUUCCCAAAGAAUUUCCGCUUUCUCUGCAACCCUACCCGCCCAGCUGUCUGUGGACGGUUCGGCCUGGAGAGCGACCGCCUGUGGCGCUUUGAGUUCGUCGUUUUGCAGGGAGAAGACCCGACAGAAAUGGCCAGUCAAGCAAGCAUUAUCAAGGUUGUCCAUCCGUACAUCACACAUCCUGGAUCUCGAUACGGGAUCCCCCAGAAAGAGGUCGUGUUUCCUCUGGACUCGGUCAAUCAUGCCGCCGGCCAAGAGCUGGUGGAGUACCACGAACUAUUCAGAGGCUGGUAUUCGGAGCGGAAGCAACAGCUCGAACAGUCCCUCAGAGCAACCGUGGAAAACGGAGAUUAUGUCACCGAAUCGAGCGCCGUCAAAAUAAUGAUUCGUGACUGGUACCUUUGGGCGAUCCAGCUGAUCCCCAGCUGGAAGCACUGGCUUCAUCUUGGGCAUCGCAGAGAAGGGAUGACCAGCUACAAAUGGGUCGAUGGAAAGGAUAUGGCCUUCGUUCCGGCUCUUGGGGGUGGCGUCAACUUUCCCCAAGUGUAUGCCAAACGGAUCGUCGACAAGGAAACCCGAGACGAGCCAGUGCAUUUCACCGACGACCUCAUAUUUGCUCCAGACAAGGUUGGAAUGUUUCAGCUCGUGAUUCUAUUGAAUAAGAUUGAUGAUCAAGAUCAAAUCUUAUGCCGUGGAGAGUUGGAAAGAUUGAGAGAGAUGUCUGGUGGCCACUUGAGAGAAGAUGAGGUGACUGUAUUUCUGAACAGCACUCAAUCCGGCCUGGGCGGCGCCAUUGCUGGGACCGUCUAUCGCCUUGCGACAGCCGACGAAUUUGCGCAGGACCCGGUCCUAUGUGCCAAUCGACCAUACCCGACGGGAUACGAUGCCUUCAGAAUGGCCAGAGAAGUUGGAAGUCGAAAAUUCGUUGUCUUGCGACCAGACCGUUUUGUCUUUGCAGCUACAAACACCGCUGUCGAACUGCACGCGGUGGCACGAAUGCUCCGCGAAUUUGCUGAGACCGGAACUUUGAGAUAG